AUGAAAUUCUUUGAUAAAAUGCAAGCUCUUGAAAAUGAAGAAUUCAUAAAGAAUGAUAACAACCUUUCCAAUUCCUUACUCCCCCCCUCCGUGAGUGAGCAAAACCAUUAGAAAAAUCGCUAUUUUUUGCCGAAAAACCCACCCUCCGUGAGUGAAUAAAACUUUUUUAAUAGAAAAAUUUUUCAUGGAAAAAACUUUUGAUAUAUAAGUGAUAAUUAGCAUAAUGAAAUCUAGUGCUAAUUCUGUUUAAUUUUAAACAAAUUGCUUUUUAAAACAUAGAUUUUAUAAAUCAAAUUAAUAUUUGCUUUCCAAUUUUUGCGAAUUAGGAAUUUUUUAAAUUUCGAAAAAAAAAUAUUUUUUAUAAUUAACCCCGAACAAAAUUUUUUUGUUCACUCACGGAGGGGGGGGAGUCAGAAGAACUCUCCUCGUUCAGAGAACUAAUUAAAUCCGAUCCACAAUUUAUUAAUCUUCGUGACAGCCGUCUCGGUUCCACUCCUCUUAUUUCCUCAGUGAUCUCGAAUAACUUUAAAAAAAUAGAAUUUCUCUUGCUUUCUGGAGCAAACCCAAAUAUCCCAAAUGACUUGGGAGAAACCCCUCUGCAUAUAGCCGCUGAUAAUUUCGACUAUCAAACUGCAAAAAUUUUAUUAAAAUAUAGUGCAGACCCUAAAAUCGCAAAUCUGGAAGGCGAAACACCACUACACAAUGCAACAUAUAGAGGAGACGACAAAAUUGUUAAUCUUUUGCUACAAAAUGAUGCAGAUCCGAAUUCCUUGACUACUCAGCUGGAUCUUAGACUUAGAUUACUUAAUUUAACUCACAUCUAGUGGGAGCUCAAGUUGCGCAGGACAAUGAAGUCUAUUUUUCCUCGGUUUUGGUCGCUUCCUUAGAUAGUCCGUACAGCCUGCCGACAAAAGUCACUUCUUCUAGCCUCCGUGAAGCCAAACGAAUGCCCAGAAGUCCUGGGAACACUUGUGGCUUGGCGCGUUGCCUCGCUCUAUCCGACUUUCUUCCAGCGCCAGUUCUGCCCUAGGGUCCUACCUUUAUUGGGUAGUGGAAAGAGGUAAAGCACGAUGCCUGUAGGAUGUGAAGUAAGAAAACCUUCACCAUCUCUUCACUAUUAGACAGAACUACACAUCUAAAAGCCUAACCCUCUAAUAAUAAAAAUUGGGUGAGGGAGUGUGGAAUUUGCAGAGUGAAUUUUCCUCUCAUCCAAAGCCAUUUUAUUAUUAUUACACAGCUGGGUCAGUCUCCAUUACAUAUAGCGGCAUCAAACGGCCAUUUAGAGAUUAUUAAGCUUCUUCUUUCACAUGGUGCUGAUCCAGAUAUAAAGGACAAACAAGGAGAUUCUGCGCUGAAUUUAGCUAAAAAUAAAAAAAUCAAACAAAUUUUGCAAGACUGGAGUGAAGAAGUGAAAUAUGACGCAAAUACAGGGCUUUGAGAAAUAAGAGAAGCCAGACCAAGUGAAGAAGAUAUAUCAAGUAGACUCUCAUUACAGCUGCAGUCAUCAAUUUCUUCAGCUGUUAUGAGUCCUACUGAAAAAGUCCAGUCAACUUCUUUAUCUCCCUUUGAUAAGCAUCUUAAAUCAUGUGGGACAGCUGAUACAACAUUAAGAAUGAAUCAAGGGUCAACAUCACUACCAGGAAGUCAUGAAAUUUCAAUUAAUGCAAAAGAUAACGACAAACUUUACCAAUUUUUAACAAACAUUAAGCUCGAUAUUUAUUUUCCAAACUUAGUAAAUGCUGGUUUUGAUGAUUUUGAAAGCUUGAUUUCUCAAAUGAAUACUCCUUUGCCAAUAACGGCAGAUAUGCUUGAUAGAACAGGAAUAACGAAGCCUGGCCACCAGAAAAGAAUCCUUAUUAUGAUUGAAAAAGUCAAAAACUCCCCUGACGAUUUUUUUAAUAAUUGGAAUGUUGAUGAAAACGUUUUAACUGAAUCCAUUUGAUGGAAAUGCUGCAUAUUUCAGCAAGCUUAACUUAACUUAAAUUAAUUAUUGAGAAGUCCCCUGCAGGUCUGCAGGCCACUACUAGCCUCCACAUAACACUCCACUGCUUGUUUGCCAAUCUGGACAGAGCCUUCCACCGUGUUGCACUUCAAGGUAUAAUUAAAUAUGACGUCUCGGCCAUGCAGCCUCGAGAGCACAUUUAAUUAAGGAUCCCCCCCUUCAUUUGUCCAAUUUUCUAGUCUUUUUUUUAUAAGAAAAAAAAAUUUCAGGACCUCAUUUGUCCUAAAAUCUAGUCAAAAAUGAAUUGUCCCAUUUUCUAGUCUUUUUUGGAUUUUUUCGAAUGUCCUAAAUUUUAGUUUUUUCUUUUAAAAAAACUAGAAAAUGAGACAAUUGAGGUCCUGAAAUUUUUUUUUACUAUCAAAAUUUCGAGUAGAAAAUUGGACAAAUGAGGUCCUAAAAAAAUUUUUUUCCUAUAAAAAAAACUAGAAAAAUGGGCAAAUGAUAAAAGAAUAGAAAAUUGGACAAAUGAGGGGGGGAUCCUUAUAUCCGGCAAAGUUUUACCAAUCCAGAAAGGGACAGCAAUACUAGGUAAGCAAUUCAGUAGCGAUUGGAGCCUAGCCAAGUUUCUUUUCAAGAUUGGAUUUUACCUCGUGGGAAAGGAAGAGUUUGGAGUUGGAAAUGGUAAGCCCAGCAAUCAUUUUGGCCCUUCAGUCAACUCUCUAAAUCCCAGUAAGCAGGUCAAACUUGUAGCCCAGGACGUAACUCCUAGUUUCAGCUGGCUAGAGUUUUCAUUUUCUGCGCAGGAAACCCAUUUUCAAGCCUGAGAGCUGGAAGGACAGCAGUCUAAAUCCGAUUGCUGGGCUUCCCCUUUUUAACUCCAUCGAACCAUUUCCCCACACGAGAUAAAACCUUGACCUGGAUGUGAGCAUGCAGUCAGCUAAAACCAACAUUGCACUUCGAACGCUGUCCUCUCUUCCACAAGGUCCUGGCUUUCCCAAUGAACCUACCAGCCGAAGGUGUUAAGAGGGCAGGUUGGCUCAUCACACCAUUUUAAUGUAUUGUAAUUGUCCGAGGAUGGCGCUAUCUGUCGCCAUCCUCGGGCAAUUACUAUAUAGAAAUUUCCCAUAGAUGGCGCUGUUUGCCCUUGAUUUGCCCAUGAGGAAAAUUUUUUGGUUUGACCAAACCAUAUGGUACUGGUAGAACCAAAAAAUUUCCCCAGUGGACAAAUCAAGGGCAAGCAGCGCCAUCUAUGGGAAAUUUCUAUAUAUAUUUUCAGCAAACAGAAAGGGCUAAUUUAUCACUAAAAGAUAUGCUAGAGUCUUUGAACCUAAGCUUUUUACUUGAAAAUUUUUAUGAAGUUGGAUAUGAGGAAUUAGAAUUUUUGGUUGAGCAGAUGAGCUCAGAGCUUGUGAUUACUGACAAAUUAUUAAAAGAAGAAAUAGGUAUCAAAGAGCCUAAGCAUAGAAAAGUUAUUUUAAAAAAGCUUAAAAAUAUAAGUAAGCAAACAAAGAAGAGUCAUCUACAAGCUUCAAUCAAUUGCUGUGUGUUUUAA